AUGAAAGCACGAACAUUAAAUGCAAAAUUAAAUAUUAAAAGCGCAUUGCGAAAAUAUGGUGGUAGAGUCGACCUAGUACCUAUUUCUGCUGAGUUGUUAAGGUCUGCCUAUUCCGCCAACAGCAAAUAUAAAGAACACUUGACUAAUGAAAAGAAAAAAGAGGAAAUAAAGAAAAUUCAAGAUAAUAAUGAAAAGGAAGAAGAAAUUAGACAGCAAGCAGAAAGACGCAUUUUAAUGCAGAAGCAACAUAAAAAAUUAAAUGCCCUUAAAACCGAAUUAACAGAGGCAAAAAAAGAAAAUAAAUUAAAGAAAAAUGCAACUGAUAAACUUUUAAAAGAAACAAAUGAACGACUCAAAAAAGCCUUAAGAAACAAGAACUUAGCAGAAAUAGCAGCUGCUCAGGGGAUGCUGGAAGGAGCCCACGCAUUACGAAAAGAUACCCAGAAUUCGCAAGACGCAACCGAUAAAUUGCAAUGCAAAAUUAAUAAAAGAAAAUCGGAACUUACAUAUAUCAUCAUUUCUCCCUCCAGCAAAGAAGCCAGAUAG